ACGCCAUCACUCCGCGUUUGUAUUCAAGAUGGCGAACAAGGUUGGCUAUCGCCUGUGAAAGAAGUGUUGUUUUGGUUCGACAGAGGAAAAGGUUGUUGAUUUAAGUCGGUGCUCCAUUCGUACUUGGCAACAUUAAAUCUCAUGUUUUAGAAAUUAGCUCACAGCUUCACAAUGAAGUCAGACGUAGAGGAGUUAAUGCCGAGGCUGCUGCCCGUUGAGUUUGGAGCCAGUGCAGAGGAGCUGGACAUGAAUGGACCGCCGAGAAACCCCCGGGAAUACCUCCGACAAGUCCAGCUGGAGGCGUCACAGUGUCCUGAGGUGGUGGUUGCUCAGAUUGACCCAAAGAAACUUAAGAAGAAACAAACAAUUAAUGCCUCUGUGGCAGGUUGCCAUGCUGCUCCGGUGGGUUUCUCCCCCAGCCUCACUUGGCAGCAGCACCAAGUCAGUACCUUCUCAGGUGUCAGACAGAGCAUCGCAAAGAACAGGAAUCACUGGAGCAGCCACACUCUGGACGACAAUGUUCUGAUGCCAAAGCUAACCGAUGAGGAGGGUUGGAAGAAAUUUUGUUUUGGAGAGACGGUCUAUCUGGGCACCUCGUCCGGCCGCACAGAUGAUGAACCAGAGCCAGCACUGGAUUAUAGCAAGGUGGGCUUCCCUCCUUUCCUCAGCAUAGUCAGCAGGCUGAACCAGUCCACAGUGCUGAUGCUGUUGGAAAUUCUAAUCAGUUGGUUUGAGGAACACGAUUUUGUUCCACAAUUGGGUCGCUGGUUGUACGCUUUGUUGGCCUGCCUGGAGAAGCCUCUGCUACCUGAAGCCCACGCCUCCAUCAGACAGCUGGCCAGGAGAUGUGCUCAGCUCCGCAGCACACUGGAGAGUCAGGAGGAUGAGAAACUGCCCGCCCUCAACCUGCUCAUCUGUCUGGUUGCCAGAUACUUUGAGCAGAAUGACCUGGCAGACCAGCCCGAGUGAACCGUUGACCAAUAUCAAGGCAUUGAGGAGGAAUAUGUUUUAAGCCUUCAGACUGUAAAAUGAAGCAACAAUAAACUUAUUAACUAAAAUCAGUGGAGAGAACUAGACAAAUGUGAGGACACAGCCGUGCACACAACCAUGUAGAGAGCUGUGGUGAUUCCGCACAUUGCGAUGAAAGCUGAGGACACAACCAAAGGGACUGGAUCAUCACCUCAUCCUGUAUUUUAGUUAACCAAGUAAUUUGGACCAUUUUUGGUUCUGAGGUUGAUGGAUGCAUCAAAUGCAAUAUUUUUUCUAUUCAACUGAUUUAAAGGAUAA